UUUCAUACUCAAAACCGCAGAUACUAGACACUCUCCUAGCUAGGUACAAUCUAGAAAUCAAAUUCUCAGUGUAAAUGGCAGGACCUGAGCUAACAAAAACAACUAUGGCCACCGCCGCCACCACCGCCACAGCCACCAAAGCUAUGUCAAAGUCAUCAACAUCGAGUGCCAAAGCAGCACUUAGGAGGUUUGUUGGGGUUCGGCAAAGACCUUCCGGGAGAUGGGUAGCCGAAAUCAAGGACUCUUCUCAACGUGUAAGGCUUUGGCUCGGAACCUACGACACUCCUGAAGAGGCAGCAAGAGCCUACGAUGAAGCUGCAAGAGCCUUACGCGGUGAAAAUGCUCGUACAAACUUCGUAACACCGGUGGCCAACCCUGACAACUCCAGCCAUUUGGCUAACUCUUGCCCCAAUCCAAACGUCACUUUUAUGCCUUCUUGUUUGUCUGAUGGACGUCACGGCGGGGGACAAGGGCUUAGUUUUUCUUCCUUGAAGGCCAAAUUAAGCAAGAACCUCCAAAGCAUCAUGGCUAGGAGUAGUGAUCAUAACAAGGCCUCUAAGAGUAGGGACAUGGAAAAAGUGGUACAGCCUAGCAUAAUUGUGCCCCAUGCUGCUGAAACUAUUACUGAUCAUGUUCACCAUGCUGGAGAAACUAGUACUAGUACUAGCACUGAGCCUUCAUCUUGGGAAAGUUCAAGUAUAUCGGAUUGUAGUGACUGGGGUUACAGCUUCAGGCAACCUGGGAUGGACUCCGACGAGUCAGACUUCGGGGAUGGGUUCAUGGAUCAAAUUAUGGGGUGGAUGGAUAGUCCAGAUCAGAUAAGUAGCGGUACUCUUGGUGAUGAAUGUGAGGAGGGGUCAAGGAGUAAGAGGUUCAAGGUUUCUUCUUCUGUGAUGGUGCCUUCAACAUUUGCUGGAUCUCCAUACAACAAUUAGUCGAUAAUUCCAAAAAAAAGAAUGAAUUGGCAGGGUAUCAUGCUAAUUAAGUGCAUGCAUGUUUACUUUCCCAGCUAGCUUCGAUAGUAGAGGCUGAUAAGUAAGCCCUAAGUUGUUCAUGUAUGAGGCUGUUGAGGAUUACUGUUGUAGUAUAUACUGCUAAUGCAUGCUAUUGUACUUCUUAUCAGAUAGAUAGCUAGGUUACAUCCAAGCAAAAUAG